AUGUCUUCGCUCCUUGAAAGUGAAGCUCCGUUUGAGGCCGGCCUGGCCGGUUUCUUCCAUCGACAGUUGAUGGUACAUCGCAAACCAGUGCCAGCCGACACUGAUCUCACCGGUCAAGUCGCCAUCAUCACGGGUUCGAACGGCGGGCUGGGCUUCGAAGCAGGUCGUCAGCUGCUCCAGCUCGGCCUCUCCCAUCUCAUCCUGGCGGUCAGAUCCCAAGCGAAGGGCGAUCAGGCGGCAGACAGGCUGCGCAAUGAGUUUCCCGCUGCGAAUAUCUCCGUGUGGCUGCUUGAUAUGGAGUCGUACGACUCUAUCUCUGCCUUUGCCGAGAGGUGCCAAACGCUUCCGCAUAUCGACGUAGUGCUCUUGAAUGCCGGCCUUCAGGCCGCCACGUUCCGCAUCGUCGAAGCCACGGGCCAUGAACAGUCAUUCCAGGUCAACUACCUCUCAACGGUCUUGCUGACCAUCCUCCUACUGCCCGUCCUCCAAGCCAAGAGGCCGCCGCAAGCGAAACCUGCAGUUCUCUCCAUUGUCACAUCGGAUACAGCCCACUGGGCCAAGCUCGAAACCCAAGGUCCAAUAUUGGCGCAAUUUGACCGGGCGGAAGGUCAUUCGGCGAUGCAGGCAUACUCGCAGGAAAAGCUCCUCCAGCAUUUCUUCGUGGCCAAGCUUACCGAGCAAAUCAGCCCGGAGGAUGGAGUCAUCGUCAAUAUGGUCAACCCGGGUUUAUGUACAGGCACGUCUUUCGGCCAGGACGAUGGCUGGUCUCUCAUCGGGGUGUUCUUUGGCAUACUGAAGAGCGUCAUAGCGAGGACGGUCGAGGUCGGCGCCAGCACAUACGUGGACGCCGUCGUGGUCAAGGGCAGGGAGAGCCACGGCAGCUUUGUCAGUGACUGGGCGAUUCGACCCUACCCCAAGGUUCUGUACACAGCAGAAGGUGACAAGAUCAAGGAGAGGCUGUGGGAAGAGACGAUGGAGGAGCUCAACUUUGCUGGCGCUUCGAAGACUGUUCAAGACCUGAAGCAAAAACGAUGA